UGAAUAGACACGGGUCGAAGAAGUAGUUCGAUUUCAGCUCGGUCUCAUGGCCCCUCCUCAGACACCGAAUUGGUUCUCAUUCCAAAGGGAUGCCCCUGGCAUCUAAAAACCGACUUCCUUAGGGUUCACCUUGCCUCAAAAUUGAGGAGAGCGAGAAAAAGUAAUGACAUCGUGUGAGAAAAUCGAGGAAAUCAAGGAUAAUGUGAUUAAGACCCGGCGUCUGAGCAACCAAAGACCGGACCUGUUUGUCGACCUUGAGAAGUGCCAGAGUUGGUGAAGACCUCGGUGAAGGCUCAUCUACGAAGUGAAACUCGUGGCUUGGUGUGCCCAAAGUCUGCUGGGGUGAUCUUGCAGUUCUCAGUUGUCAUCAUGGUGGCUGGACUGACUGCCGAUGUGUUUGUGCAAUUGACAGCCACCCUGGCUCAUCUCUCAUCCACACUAAACAAGACAAACAAGCUGAUGCCGGAAGGGAUGGGUAAUCCCUCGAAUCCCUACUUUCUACCCCCCGCCCCUCCCCGGGCGGGUCAGGGUCACUCUGACCGGGGCUCCUCCUCCCCAUCGUCGUCUUCAAGUUCGUCAGAUGAUUCAGUGUUACCUGUUCGCACCUACAUCCAACCCAUCCGGUCCAAUUUAACGUUACCCUGUUCCCAAGUGUCGGAGGAAUCCUACAUCACCAACUUGGAGUGGCUCUGCUAUGGCUGUGGCAAGACCAGACACGACCAUCUCAACUCAGCCAAUCAUGCCAAGGACUAUCCAUCCACACCCAGAACCCAAGUGAGGAAGGUCAUCGGCUUCGGGAACGAGGGCAAAAUGGUUCUCUUGCCCACCAUCGUCAAGGAAUACUCCCAUCGGAUCCGUCUGGUUCACAAUUCCUCAGACGACGCCCAACUCAAAGAAAGUGGAACAACGACAAGUUGUGGGAAACCGAACGACGAAUGA